AAGAAAGGGACAAGAGAAAGGCAUGCUCAGUGCGCAUGCCCCUGCAGCCGACGGCGGUUUCUUUUGAACCUUCCUCAUGGAGUUCACCGACGGCCCGCCGCGUUGUGCCCGGCCUGUCUUGACAGGUGUUGUAGCCUAUGUUGAAGUAUGGUCAUCCAGCAGAACAGAAAACUACUCUAAAAGUUUUACUCAACAACUUAUUGAUAUGGGAGCAAAAGUUUCUAAGACUUUCAACAAGCAAGUGACUCACGUAAUCUUUAAAGAAGGACUCUCCUCCACAUGGAAUAGAGCUCAGAAGGCUGGGAUUAAACUAGUAUCAGUGCUUUGGGUUGAAAAAUGCCGAGAAGCUGGAGCACACGUUGAUGAGUCACUGUAUCCUGCAAUAAAUACUAAUGAAGGGUUACCUCAAUUUUUUAAAAAGCACAAAUGCAUGCAGCCCAAAGACGUUGUUAGAAAAGCUCCAGAAAAUGACAGGAGACUGCAAAAAAGGAUCGAUGUUCUGACUAAAGAGUUAGCUAUGCAAAAAGCAGCAACAGAAACAGAUGCACCAGUUUUGUUAUUUAAAGAUGAUGGUUCAUUAGUCUACAGCCCAGCAAGUAAAAUAAAGUAUCAGUGCAGAGCAAUGGAGAAAAGAAUAAAAGAAAUGAAGGAGAAAAGAGAAAAUCUUUCCCCUACUGCUUCACAGAUGUCUCAGGGAUCUGACUCUAGUUCUAAUCCAGCAAUGCAUGAAUCAAUUCUUGUUUCUACCAGUUCAGCUUGCGCAUUGUCAUCAGGAGAGAGCAGUGACCAUUUAAACUCAAGUUUCACUAACUUGUUGGGAAAUUCUAAAAGCAAGAACCUGAAAAAGGAAUCUAGCAAAUGUGUGCCUGAAGUUGAAGGAGCCAGAGAAGUGCUAGGCAGUUCUCCAGUUAACGCAGGUGACUCCAAACACACAACUCUGAAAGAAUCUAGUGGCAAACAUUUAAGAAAUACACUUUGCUUGGAAGAUGGCUUGCUUCCCACAAUGGCGAAAGCUGAAAUGUCCUCUGCAGAGAAACACAGUGAAAUGAAGGAUUGCUUUACAGCUAAGACUGGAAGUCACCUUUUCCAGACAAACAAUGACUACAGACUGUCUUCAGAAAAACUGGACCACUUGGAAUUUGCUGAAAGUAGCAGCAACUGUCACAUAAAUACAGAAAGUGAGCUACCUAAUCAAAAUCUUUCUCUGGUAACAACUGAAUGUUCUUCCACUGGCAGAAAGCCAAGGAAACCAAGGAGGAGAUCAAGUAUUGGAUUGAAUACCUCGGUAAUACGUGAGAGUGAUUCUCAGAAUGACUUCUUGAAAUCAGUGCUCACACCCGUUAAGUGUGCUAAAGACCAAGAUACUUCUUUUGAAGAUUAUUUUUCACCUUCUAACGGUAAUAAGCAUAAAAGUAGAGUUAGCCUUCCUUUUCAAUGCCUGCAGAAAUCACAGAGUCCUGAGCCAGUGUUGCAAGGGUCAAGUAAAACCACUGCAGUAUGUAGCAAAAAGAGGAAAAGGGUGGCUGAGAUUAAUGAGAAUACUACAAGUAGUGACUGCAUGCUGUCUGUACUCCCUUGGAGUAAAGAAAGUGAAACUUUAAAGUGCAUGUCAAAAAGGACAAAAGGAGACACUGAAGAGACCCCAGACUGUCUUCCAAAGCCCAGCAUUCAGGAAAAAAAUUCCACACCCAAUAUAAAUAGAUGCUUUCCCACAACUGGUGGUGACAAUUUGUCCAUGGAUGAAGUCAAAGAUGGUUCAUGUGAAUUUUUGUGUGACCAAGUGAAUGAGCCUAAUGAGAAAUUAAUGAGUACCGGGAGACUCAGAAAGCCAUCAAGAACAUUGGUCAUGACAAGCAUGCCUUCUGAGAAGCAGAAUGUGGUUGUUCAGGUGGUGAAGAAGUUGGGAGGCUUUCUGUUUUCAGAUGAAGUGCGUGACAAUACAAGCCAUGUGAUUGCAGGGAGCUCCCGUCGUACUUUAAACAUAUUGAUGGGAAUUGCUCGCGGCUGCUGGAUUCUAUGUUACGAAUGGGUGUUGUGGUCUCUUGAAUAUGGCCACUGGAUGCCUGAAGAACCCUAUGAACUCUCUGUGGAUUUCCCUGCAGCCCCAAUCUGCAGAUUUCAGCGCUACCUUCCAAAUAGAGAAGUUCACCAGAAACUCUUUUCAAAUCAUCCUGCAAUGUUCAUAUCUCCUGCUAGUCAACCACCCUAUAAGAAACUAUGUGAGCUGGUACAGCUUUGUGGGGGGAAAGUGUGCAAAACUCCCCGUCAGGCUAAAAUCUGCAUCGGAGAAUACAGGGUUAGAAAUAAUAUGGACAUACAGUGUUUAUCCGAAAAAUGGAUUCUAGAUUCAAUCACACAGAACAAGAUCUGUCCGCCUGAAAACUACAAAUUUCAGAGUAAGUAAACAACACCAGAAUCUUUGGACUUCAUCUAGCAAACCGAGCAAUAAAUACUUCCCACUUCAUGCUUACUUUUUUUAAAAAAAAUGCAAGAACCUUCAACGUUGAAGUGGCAAAGGACAUCUAAGCCCUACACUCAGUCUGUCCAAAGAUAUGUGAAUGAGCAUCACACAGAUGUAAAGCCAAACAGCAAUGUGGUUUCACAACCAUGUUAGCGUCACAGACGCUACAGUGGGCUGCAAAUAGAUACUUUUGUUUAUGAAACCAAAGCCUAUAAAACAUGAAGACGGGGUAGAUCAAUUUCUAACUUUGCCAAUAUUUUUGCUCUUUAUGCAUAUAAAAUUUUAUUUUCUCCUUUCAUACAAAUGGCAAUAGAAGACUCUCUGCAAACGAGGAACCACCUUUUACAGACAAGCAUAUGAACCCCUUUAUUAGGAAACUUGCUGCCAGGACAGCAAUAUAUCAUGGACUGAAAUAGAAAUAAAUAAAAAGUGGCAUGUGAACACAUGGUUCCCAGUAAAGAGCAGAAUAUGAUAUCAAAAAUUAUUCUUAAAAGUUUGUGUAUCAUGAUCUCCUAGCCCUCUCAUAAAUGUUUUAUGCACAAAAACCUGUCAUCACUAAUUUAUGUAACCCAACAUACCAAAUUGAUUUUCUCAUAAGUUGUCUUGAAAUGAAAUUUCAAGUCAUGUACAGUGCAACCUCCUGGGACAGAUGCUCAUUUUUAUUAGGUGCAUAUGUAACAGACUUUACAGUGGGAGAAUAAUAAAGAUAUUUACAACAAACGUAUUUAAA